CGAAGCACCUAUAUAAGUUGACAAACACAUAUCUUAUAAAUGUUUGCGAAAACAUUCAGCAGGAGAACAACGUCUGUGCGAAUCUCCCCACAUUUCUCAACGUUCUGUAAAGGCAUUACACGGAAACAUGGAUCAAGUGUCCGAAGAUAUGUCCAACCUUCAGCUCGGGGGUCGGUCAGUGAAGGACGACUUUCCCAAUCUUAGCGAGCACAACAACCACAUGGCCAAGUUUUUAACCAUUGACUUGUACAGUAAACUGAGAGAACAGUGUACUCCUAAUGGAUUCACUAUAGAUGAUGUCAUUCAGACAGGCGUCGACAAUCCAGGUCACCCCUACAUCAUGACUGUGGGUUGUGUGGCCGGAGACGAGGAGUCGUACGAGGUCUUCAAAGACUUGAUGGACCUUGUGAUUGAGGAACGACAUGGAGGUUACUUACCGAAUGACAUGCACAAGACUGACCUCAAUCCUGAAAAUCUGAAGGGAGGCGACCUCGACGACAACUACGUUCUGAGUUCUCGUGUCCGAACGGGCCGCAGCAUCCGUGGCUAUUGCCUGCCGCCACACUGCAGCCGUGGAGAAAGACGUGCUGUGGAGAGGCUCUCUAUUGAAGCCCUGGAUUCCCUGAAAGGCGACCUGCAGGGGAAAUACUACGCCUUGAAGAACAUGACUGAUGAGGAGCAGCAGCAGCUGAUUGAUGACCACCUGCUGUUUGACAAGCCGGUGUCCCCAUUGCUGCUGGCUUCAGGGAUGGCCCGUGAUUGGCCUGACGGCAGAGGCAUCUGGCACAACGACAAUAAGACCUUCCUGGUGUGGGUGAACGAGGAGGACCAUCUGCGAGUGAUCUCCAUGCAGAAAGGAGGCAACAUGAAGGAAGUGUUUACUCGCUUCUGUACCGGACUCACUCAGCUGGAGUCUUUGUUCAAAGAAAAAGGUGAAGCUUUCAUGUGGAACGAGCACCUGGGCUACAUCCUGACUUGCCCAUCCAACCUUGGGACUGGUUUGCGUGCUGGAGUCCAUGUGAAGCUUCCAAACAUGGGCCAGCACCCUGAGUUUAACGAAGUUCUGAAAAGGCUUAGGCUUCAGAAACGUGGAACUGGUGGCGUGGACACUGAUGCUGUUGGUGGAGUCUUUGACAUAUCAAACGCAGACAGACUGGGCUUCUCUGAGGUGGAGCUGGUGCAGAUGGUGGUUGAUGGUGUCAAGCUGCUGGUGGAGAUGGAGAAGAAACUGGAGACGGGCGAACCAAUCGAUAGCCUCAUGCCCAGCAUCCAGAGGUAUAGAACGGAAGAAACAAUUGUCAUCAUUUGA